GCCUACGUAUGGUUGGGUUUAUGGAAAUUAGACUCAAGCCUUUGAUAUUAUUCCUAUGUGUUCUUCUCUGAUGAUGAUGAUGAUUACCCUCCAUUUUCCCAUCUCUAAAUUACUACCAUAUAAGACUCUCCGGUGUAACCUAUGGAUGCAGUCGGACUACUGCAUCUAUGUAUAAUAUAGUUGAAAACUACGCCCAAGAAAAAACGUGCCAUAAAAUAAAGCAAACAAAGAUGCACCUAAUGAUUAUUUCCUAUCUUAAACUACACAAUUCCCACAAGUUUUAAAGGGUGAAGAAAAAAGGGGAAGUCAUUGCUAAUACUAGGAUUUUGUUACGUGUCAACAAAGCCACCCUCAUGCAACUGAAUCCCCUCCAAAGCUUGACACCUAACAAAGCUUCUUCUCUUUCUCUUUCCAUCCAUUCACAUUACAAAAACUCAAAGAAAAAAAAUACUCCACAAAUCCUCAAUCCACAAAAGAAAAAAAAGGAAAAAAAAACCGCCGGGAAAAUGCAGGCGACGGCAAAAAGAACCGAAACUCAGGCGUCGGUGGGAGAGAAGAAGGUGAAAGAUCUGAUGGGGGACAAGAAGCGGCUGGUGGAGGUGCCGUACACCGCCUCUCUUGCUCAAACAAUGAACGUUCUAGUUGCGAAUCAUGUGGUGGCGGUUCCCGUGGCGGCGCCGCCUGGCCAUUGGAUUGGCGCAGGUGGUUCUAUGAUCAUGGAAUCUGAUAAGCGGACUGGGGUUCUAAGAAAGCAUUAUAUUGGUAUGGUCACCAUGCUUGAUAUCUUGGCUCAUAUUGCUGGCGAUGAUCAUGAUGGCGAUGGCGGUCGUGAUGAUCUGAUUGAUCUUGAUCGGAAGAUGGCGGUUCCAGUAUCUAAUAUUAUUGGACAUAAUGUUGAAGGUUUGAGUCUCUGGACUUUGAAUCCCAACACCAGCAUAUUAGAUUGUAUGGAGAUAUUCAGCAAGGGGAUCCACCGAGCCCUGGUUCCUGUGGAUGGGCAGGUUGAGGAGGCAGUAGGCGUGGAGCUGGUCGAGUCAGCAUCGAGUUAUAGAAUGCUGACCCAGAUGGAUGUGUUGAGGUUCCUAAGAGGAAAAGUGGUAGAAAUUGAAGGGAUUCUGAGGCAAAGUGUGAAGGAAAUGGAAGGGAUGGUGAAUGAGAAUGUCAUGGCAAUUACAGAUAAAACCAGUGUCAUUGAAGCUAUCAAGUGCAUGAAAUCUAGUUUUCUCAAUGCAGUUCCCAUUGUUGGAAGUACUCAGCUCGGCGUCGACCAACAAAGCCACGCACAACUUUUUACCGGAAGAGGAAAAAAACUAGUAGGGACAUUCUCCGCAACGGACCUAAGGGGGUGCCAUCUAGCGACACUGCAGUCAUGGCUACACCAGACAGCGCUAGAGUUCACUGAUUUAGUUAGAAAGAGUCCAUUGUUAGAAGGGGCAGGGGUAGGGGUGAGAGAGUUGGUGACAUGUCGGCCGGAAAGCUCGUUGGAGGAAGUGAUGGAGAAGGUAUUGUCAAAACACGUGCACAGAAUUUGGGUAACUGAUGAACAUGGUUUGCUGCUUGGCCUAAUCUCCCUAUCAGAUAUGAUUAGAGUGAUAAGGCUUUCACUUCUCUCUAAAAUCCAAACCUAAUCACAGUCUUCUUAAUUAAUUUCCUUCUCCUUUACAUCAUAAAAAUAUACGUAUGUAUGUAUGUAUGUAUUUUGAUCUCGUGUUGUUUGUUCUAUAUUUUGUUUAAUUUCCAUCAAGAUGAUGUAUGUAUUGUUGAGGGGAUUUUAUUGUACAUGCAAAUCUAUUCGGCUUCUUUCGUUGGUUUUCCGUAAGUGUUGUAUUCUCCAAACACAAUACAUGGAUGAUAAAGAAUAAGUUUGGAAUAGUUAUUAAGCUUCUUCACGUGUAA